CCUGAAAAAUUAGGGUUUCUUCGAGAAAUUUGAAUCAGAGUGUGAAAAUGGAAGGAAGCAAAAGCGAGGCAGUGUUCGAUUCCAUGAAUCUAAAUCCUCAGAUUUUCAUCAACGAAACUAUCAACUCCGUCGAAGAUUAUGUCGACGCAGCUUUUGAUUUCUAUGGCCGUGAAGCAUCCAAAUUUCUUAAAAUCAACGGAUCUGAUAAAACAAAGUCACAAGAUUUAUCAAAUGGUAUUGAACAUGUUCGUGGUUUGAUACAAUCGGUUAUUGACAAGCGUUUGGAAUUGUGGGAAAGCUAUUGUGUUCGAUUCUGUUUCGCAGUUCCUGAUGGAUUUCUGUUGCCAAAGAGUGACGAGUCGUCGGUUGUUCAUCAGGAUGAGUUAUGUGAUCUAGAGUUGGAUGCAGAAUUGGAUUCUUUAAGGGAUAAGCUUAAUUUGGUAGGAAAGAGGUCUGUUGAGCUUGACUCCGAGCUUCAGGCUUUAGAAAGAGCCUCGGUGUCGAGGGAACGGUCUGUGAGAUUCGUUAAUGAGGCUUUGGAGCUUUAUGAUGAGUCUUCUGUCGAUGAAAUGUUCAAAGAGAUGGCGAAAAUGGCAUCGGAACUUCGUGCAAGCGUGGAAAGGCUGAAAACAAGAAGAAUGGAAGCCAGUGAAAGCGCUAAAGUAAAGAGGCUAAAGAACCAUGGCAAAGAGUUCUCGGCAAUGACUUUUGAUGGAAAGCUUGAAGACCUCGAAAAGUUUCAAGCCGAGUUAAAGAAGAUGUGAAAAUUGUUAACCUUUGUAGGAAAACAAUUGUGGUUUGUCAAAGAUAAUGCUCUAAACUGACU